AUGCGAUUCGAGUCGAAAAAUGCGAAGUACGAGAGUUCACCUAAGCACAUGUCUGCAUGUCACAUACACUUAUCAGAGUUUCUUCCAUUCCCUUACAUUUGUGAUUUAGCAAUUUCAUUCAUCAAUGCUGCCAUGGCGGAAGCCGCUGUCAAUGUCUCACAUUGUGAUGGAGGGCUGAUCGGGAAAGCCGUCCAUGUCAGUGCUGCACUUCAAGAUUGGUCUAACAAUGAACUGCCAUCACCGCAGUUUACUUUCUACACCAGGAAAGUAACUUCAAAGUGGGGAGGAGUUGUGAAACAUUUCCAUUCAGGGCUCUUAAAUCUGGGAAACACAUGCUACCUCAAUGCAUCAUUACAGGAUUUAUUCCACAUUCCUGGAUUCCUCGACUUCUUGAAGGGAGAUGUUCUGCACAGGAAAAGUUGCUAUGCUCCGCUGACUUGUGUGACGUGCAGCCUCUUUUGUAGUCUCAGUAGCAUGGAGAGUGAGGCUAUUCAUAAACCAGUUCGCCUGGUGAACCUCAUAGGAAGUAUUAGUAAGCAGCAUCUCCGUCCUGGCAAGGAGGAGGAUGCUCAUGAAUUUAUAGUCAUGCUUCUUGAUGUUAUAGACAGAGAAUUUCUCAAUAGAUUUGGUUAUGAAUAUGAACGGCUUAAGGACUUCUGCUCAAUUCAGACUUCUGUUGGUGGAGAGAUAUUUGGAGGGUGGUUGCAGAACUUGUGUACAUGUGUAAGUUGUAAUAUGUGUUCCACUACUUACUGCCCAUUUUCUCAAAUAUUUAUUUCUUGUGAAAGUGGAAGCAUCCAGAAUGGAGUUGCUGCGUAUAUUCAGAACACAGAAGAAGUUGAGUUCAAGUGCAGUAGAGGGCAUAAAGGCAUUGCCAAAAAGAGCUGUACAAUUUAUCGCUACCCUCAAGUGUUGAAGAUUGUUGUAAACAGAUUUGACUUUAAUAACUACAAACUAAGGAACCCUGUGAGCGUGGACCAAUACUUGAAAGUUGGCACAGCUCGUUAUUCAUUCCUUAGUGGAGUCAUCCACUCCGAUGUUGAAGGCGAAAAUCGACACUACACAUGUGUCUCAAGGUGUCCUAGUGGAAAUUACACUUUAUUUAAUGAUGCAUCUGUAACUCAGAAUUACUCGGGAAUGUGUUCAGAUUUUGUAAGAUCUGGUAUUUACAUCACAUUUUAUCAGCUUACUUCUCAGGCCAAGACCAGGAAUAGGACCCUGCUCAAAACUCCUUCUAAAAGAAGCCCUGCAAAGAAGAAACUUUUCAUUGGCAAGUCUACAGUUUCACCUCAAUCAAACUCAAGGAGAAACCCAUUCGAGAAGACCAUGUUUGGUCAUACAAAAAGUUUCUCACCUAAGAGAAAAACAUUGCCUAAACUCGCAAGGAGUAUAAAUUCAUCACUAUCACAACAGCUCCAAAAGAAUUUAUCUAUUGACUCAUUAAGUACCAAUGAGAGUGGACAACCUCAGCAGCAUAGCAGCAAAGACAUAGGCAAAUCAGCAGGAAUUGUUAGCCAAUCAUCAGCAGUCAGGAGAAGUCUGCUGUCACAACUCACUGCUGUUGGUUUGCCAAACUCCCAAGAGAGUUUAGUAACUGAAAUUGACCAGGAAUCACAGGUGGAUUCUGAGGAAACUAUGACAGCAAUUGUGAGUCCUGUCACUUUGAAGCUAGGGCGGACCACUCUUGUUGACUCAUUUACAUCUUCACAAACCAGUAAUUCCAUAACAUCAGACUGCGAUUCUGAGCAGACCAUGACAGCAAUUGUAAGUCCUGUUACUCUGAAGGUGGUCCGGACUUCUCUUGCUGAUUCAGUUAUUUCACAGACCAGUGAUUCAAGAAUAUCAAAUUGCGAUUCUGAGGAAACCAUGACAGCAAUUGUAAGUCCUGUUACUCUGAAGGUGGUCCAGACUACUCUUGCUGAUUCAGUUUCUUCACAGACCAGUGAUUCAAGAAUUUCAAAUUGCGAUUCUGAGGAAACAGUGACAGCUGUUGUCAGUCCUGUGACACUAAAGCUAGGCGGGACCACUACAGCUGAUUCUGGGGUAAUUGUUUUAAAUCCUGAUCCUGCCCAAUCCGACAAGACAUACCAUUUCUCUGUAGAAAUGUGGGAUCUCCAAUCCAACUGUUUUGUUCCUAAUUUUUCAGGUUUGUGA